CACCAAAACCACCCACCAUGCUUUCCAGACUUUCCACCAAACGCGCCAUCAGUGUCGCUUCUAUAGCCACACAUGGCCCAAGAGUAUCUCCAGCUGUCCGCUAUUUCCAUGCCAGCACAAUAAAACUCAACGAAUCAAAGUCCGAUGCUGGCAAAAAGCGGCCUUUGAGUAGAGUCGCUAUUGGCUCUGCCACCAGCAACAAGAAGUAUGCUCCCAGCAACAGUAUCGAGUUUGCCUCCUGGAAGGCUGUGUGUAUGUUGAUCGUAGUUGGAGGUGGAUUUACCUACUGGUUUUCGAAGGAGAAGGAACGGUUGAGACUUCAGAAGGAAGUCGAAUCCAAGAGAGGGUAUGGUAAGCCGCUUAUCGGUGGUCCCUUCAACUUGGUGGACCAUAACAACCAGCCAUUCACCCAGGAGAACUUGAAGAACGACCAGAAGAAGUUUUCGAUUGUGUAUUUCGGGUUCACCCACUGCCCUGAUAUUUGUCCGGACGAAUUGGACAAGUUGGGAGAGAUGUUGGAAGAGUUGGGCAAGUCCAACAUCGAGUUGCAGCCUGUUUUCAUCACCUGUGACCCUGCCAGAGACUCCCCCGAGAUUAUUAAGCAGUACUUGGAGGACUUCCACCCUUCGAUCAUUGGCUUGACUGGUACCUACGAGAACGUCAAGGCGUGCUGCAAGCAGUACAGAGUGUACUUCUCCACGCCUCCAGACGUCAAGCCAGGCCAGGACUACUUGGUGGACCACUCGAUCUUCUUUUACUUGAUGGACUCCGAAGGUAACUUUGUCGAUGUCAUUGGCAGAGAAGCCACUGCUGCCGACGGAGUGGAGAAGAUCAAGAAGCACAUCGACGCCUUCAUCCCUCAGGCCGAAAGAGAGGCCAGAAAGGAGUCGUGGCUCGGUUUCCUCUACAAGUGAGUCUCAUGGCUCAUGAUUUCUGUACAUAGACCUGUAAAUACUACUUGAAUAGACUUGGUUUAGUCCUAGUUUGAAUUGAAACUACUUGAAUUGGUUGGUGUAGUCAAGUCUGUAAUUAAAAUUACAUGCACUUGAUUAGGGUAAAGUAGAUGCUAAUUUGGAAAAGAAGUUUCAAAUACUACUUGAAAGACUUAACGGUGUAGUUAUGCUUGUAAAAUGGAAUUCGACUGCUUCAUGUCUGUAUUAUGGAUGUUUUUACUUGACUGUUGGUUCCGCCAACCUCAAACCAAGACAAUGCCGAACACUAUGGCGAGGAGAUAGAACAAACCUCCAAGUCAAUCUAUCGUAAUGAAAUGCUUC